UUAGCUAAAUAUAUAUGGGUUUUAAUUAAUUUUAAUCAAUUUUACAGUUCAUCUCUCUCCUCUCUCCACUGUGGGGGCCUUUUUGCUGCCGUUAGUGAUAAGCACGCCUGGCACUCAUCAUUCCCUCCAAGCCUUCUACUUUUCUCUCUCUCUCUCUCUCUCUCUCUAGACUCCUUGCUGUUCCUCUUCUUCUUCUUCUUCUUCUUCUUGAACCCCACUUUCCUCUUUAUCUGUCACCUUUUUUUACUGGGUCUGUUUCGCAAAAGAUCGAUCUUAAUUGGGUUUGAAUUGAUUCAUUAGAUUGGAUCUGCUGAUUCGUUUGCGGAUUAGUUUCUUCUACACAAAGGGUUCUACCUAUUUUCAGUCUAAAGUGCCAAAAAAACAAACAGACAAAGGCAGUGCAAGUAAUGGCUGUUUCAAUGAGAGAUUUAGAUCCAGCUUUUCAGGGAGCUGGGCAAAAGUCUGGAAUUGAAAUAUGGCGCAUUGAAAACUUUCGUCCUGUGCUUGUCCCAAAGUCCUCGCAUGGCAAAUUUUUUACAGGGGACUCGUAUGUGAUAUUGAAGACAACUGCUUUAAAAAGUGGUGCAUUACGUCAUGAUAUCCAUUAUUGGCUUGGUAAAGAUACCAGUCAGGAUGAAGCUGGCGCUGCAGCCAUCAAGACAGUUGAACUGGAUGCAGCUCUUGGUGGUCGUGCUGUUCAGUAUCGUGAGAUGCAAGGCCAUGAAACUGAGAAGUUCCUUUCUUAUUUUAAACCAUGUAUUAUACCUCAAGAAGGUGGAAUUUCUUCUGGGUUUAAGCAUGCUGAGGCUCAAGAGCACAAGACACGGUUGUAUGUAUGCAAAGGAAAGCACGUUGUUCAUGUGAAAGAGGUUUCUUUUGCUCGAUCCUCACUCAAUCAUGACGAUAUCUUUAUACUGGAUACCAAGUCUAAAAUUUUUCAGUUCAAUGGUUCCAACUCUUCUAUACAAGAAAGGGCAAAAGCACUGGAAGUUGUCCAGUAUAUUAAAGAUACUUACCAUGAUGGAAAAUGUGAGGUAGCUGCCAUUGAGGAUGGAAAACUGAUGGCCGAUGCUGAAACUGGUGAAUUCUGGGGUUUCUUUGGUGGCUUUGCUCCUCUUCCAAGGAAAACAGCCAGUGAUGAGGAUAAAUCUAUUGAUGCUAUUCCCACAAAACUGUUUAGCGUUGAGAAGGGGCAGGCAGAACCUGUUGAAGCUGAUUCUUUGAUUAGGGAGCUACUAGACACAAAUAAAUGUUAUAUUCUAGAUUGUGGAUUAGAAGUUUUUGUGUGGAUGGGGAGAAACACCGCCCUUGAUGAAAGAAAAAUUGCAAGUGGAGCUGCAGAAGAGCUUGUUCGUGGUCUUAAUCGUCCAAAAUCUCAUAUAAUUCGUGUAAUUGAGGGCUUUGAGACAGUGAUGUUCCGGUCAAAGUUUGAUUCCUGGCCUCAGUCUGCUAAUGUAGCUGUAUCUGAGGAUGGUAGAGGAAAGGUUGCCGCACUUUUGAAACGCCAGGGGGUUAAUGUGAAGGGUCUAUUGAAAGCUGCUCCUGCAAAAGAAGAACCUCAACCAUAUAUUGACUGCACUGGAAAUCUACAGGUUUGGCGCGUGAAUGGCCAAGAGAAGACUCUCCUUCCAGCUUCUGAUCAGUCAAAAUUUUACAGUGGAGAUUGCUAUAUCUUUCAGUAUUCUUAUCCUGGAGAUGAUAAAGAGGAACACCUUAUAGGGACGUGGUUUGGGAAGCAAAGUGUUGAGGAAGAUCAAGCUUCAGCUAUUUCACAGACAAGCAAGAUGGUCGAGUCACUUAAGUUUUUACCUGUUCAGGCUCGCAUUUAUGAAGGGAAUGAACCGAUCCUGUUCUUUUCAAUCUUUCAGAGCUUUAUUAUAUUUAAAGGUGGUCUCAGUGUUGGAUACAAGAAACACGUUGCAGAGACUGAACUUCCAGAUGCAACAUAUACAGAUGAGGGACUCGCAUUAUUUCGUGUUCAAGGUUCUGGACCUGAAAAUAUGCAAGCAAUUCAAGUAGAGCCGGUGGCGUCAUCUUUAAACUCCUCUUACUGCUACAUCCUACACAGUGGCUCAACUGUCUUUACAUGGUCUGGAAACCUUACAACCCCAGAGGACCAGGAACUUGUCGAGAGGCAACUGGAUCUCAUAAAGCCGAAUUUGCAGUCCAAACCACAAAAAGAAGGUACAGAAUCUGAACAAUUUUGGGAGUUGUUAGGUGGGAAAUCUGAAUAUUCCAGCCAGAAGAUUGGAAGGGAUGCUGAGAGUGAUCCUCACCUAUUCUCAUGCACUUUCACAAAAGGAGAUUUGAAGGUGACUGAGAUAUACAACUUCAACCAAGACGAUUUGAUGACUGAAGAUAUAUUCGUCCUGGAUUGUCACUCAGACAUCUUUGUCUGGGUCGGGCAACAAGUUGACUCUAAGACUAAAGUGCAUGCUUUAGCUAUUGGAGAGAAAUUUCUUGGACGUGAUUUUCUUCUGGAAAAAUUAUCUUCUGAAGCUCCAAUAUAUAUUGUUAUGGAAGGGAGUGAACCGUCUUUUUUCACACGUUUCUUCACAUGGGACUCUGCAAAAUCUGGAAUGCAUGGAAACUCAUUUCAAAGGAAGCUUGCAAUAGUAAAAAAUGGGGGCACUCCAACUUUAGAUAAACCCAAAAGGAGAGCACCUGUAUCAUAUAGUGGAAGGUCUGCCGUGCCAGAGAAAUCUCAGCGUUCCCGAAGCAUGUCUUUCAGUCCUGAUCGUGUUCGUGUCAGGGGCAGAUCUCCAGCCUUCAAUGCACUAGCUGCUACUUUCGAGAGCUCAAAUGCAAGAAACCUUUCAACUCCUCCCCCAAUUGUAGGAAAGCUUUAUCCAAAAUAUGUGACCCCAGAUUCAUCAAAAUUGGCUUCAAGAUCUGCAGCUAUUGCAGCACUAACUGCAAGUUUUGAACAACGACCACGAGAAACUAUUAUACCCCGUUCCAUUAAAGUGAGCCCAGAGGCACCGAAACAAAAACCGGAGACAAACAAUAAAGAACACUCUAUGAGUAGCAGAAUAGAGGCUCUAACCAUAGAGGAAGAUGUAAAAGAGGGUGAAGCUGAAGAUGAGGAAGGACUCCCAAUACACCCAUAUGAACGACUCAAAACAUCUUCAUCAGAUCCCGUUACAGAAAUUGAUGUGACCAAGCGAGAGACUUAUUUGUCUGCUGAAGAGUUCAGAGAGAAAUUUGGGAUGGCAAAAGAAGCUUUCUAUAAACUACCAAAAUGGAAACAGAAUAAGCUGAAAAUGGCCCUUCAAUUGUUCUAAGUCUCCUCAGCGCCUCAAGUUUUUUGUUUCAGCUUCCUGAAGUUUUAGAUUGCAGAUAAAGAGAGCAUGGCUGGAAAUUUGGACUCGAUUCAUCAAGUGUUGGAGGGACAGCAUCAGUGCAUAUUUAGCUGCUUCUGCUCCCAAGUAGCCUGUUUUUCGUGAUUGAUGGACAAAAAACUGAAUUUUUCCCAUUUCUUCUCCCCAUCUGGUGAUUUGGAUAUGUAGCAAUUUUUUUUUUUUUUACUCUCAAGUUAGUUUGCUUGUUAUUCUUUAUGGUCACAGGUUUGUUGUGAGCUUUCAUUUUUGACUGACUUUCUUUGUUUCCAUUAUUUUAAUCAUUGAUUUCAACAGAGCAAUUAGGGGGCUUGAGAAUGUGAACUUUCUUGGUUUUUAUUGUAUGAAAGAGGAUGAAAGUGUGUACAGCAGAGUGUAAAAACCAGUCAAACCUUUAUUUGUUUUGACAAUAAAGUGUGAUUUUUGAAA